CUCACCAGCCUUCAGCUGCACAUUGCUGUCCCUCUGUGUUCCCCUCUGUGUUCCCAGCAGACGGCCGCCGGCGCUCUGCUCCCGGCCCUCCCCUUGCCGCGCCUCUGCAGCCUCGGGAAACUUUUUUCUCAUUUUCAAACUGCGGCUCAGAACAGGAAGUUUUAGAAGAUCUCAGCAAAGACAGCUGGACGACGUUUCCGUCAUGGCCUUCGUACGAAGCUGGCUGGUCGCCCUCCUGCUGGUGCUCCUGUCGCCGCUGCAGCUUCCGCACGCCGGCUUAGCCCAGGAUGUGGCUGAGGAGGAAGAGGAGGAAGAGGAGGAGGACACCAGACAUGCAGGGGAAGCUGAGGACGAAGAUGGGGAAGUUGCUGAGGAAGACAAAGAGGUAGAAACGGCGGAUGAAGAAGAAACUGACGAGGAGGAAGCUGAAGUAGAACAGGAGGAUGAGGAGGAAGGAGAGGAGGAGGAGGAGGAGGAAGGAGAGGAGGAGGAAGGAGAGGAAGAGGAGGAAACAAAGGAGGAAGGAGAGGAAACAGAGGAGGAAGGAGAGGAGGAGGAAGGAGAGGAAGAGGAGGAAACAAAGGAGGAAGGAGAGGAAACAGAGGAGGAAGGAGAGGAUGAGGACGAAGAGGAGCAGGAGGAAGAGGCUGCAGAGGAAGACGAUGAAAGCGAUGGACCAGAGGAGGAGGAAGAUGAGACAUCAGAGUCAGAUGACGGAAGUGAAGAGGAAGACGAUGAUGAAGAAGAGGCUGCAGACGAAGUGGCUGGCGAUGAGGAAGAGGAAGGCGACACUGAGGAAGAGGAAGCAGAGGAUCAUCCUGCAGACGAUGAGGAAGAUGAAGUAGAAAGCACAACAAAUGAAGCCAAUGAAGACGAGGAAACUUCAGGCAAACCGCAGUUCCACUCUGGAUCGCUGUGCAGCGUUUGCUCCAUCUGCCAGCGUUGCUCUGAACUCUGUGAUAAAUGUCCGUGUUCAGAGGGAGACGAGUCGGAUCACUGUGAGCGCUGCCAAGAUUGCUCGUCCUGCUACAUCUGCCCCAUCCUGUGUGACACCGUUUGCACUCCAGGCGGUUUUGUCGAUGAACUAACCGGAUCCAUCUUUCAAUCCGUUUCUUCUCUGCUUUGAGCAAAAUGAGCAGAAGCUUCUUUCAAGAAGACGGUUGGAAUAAAACUGUCAGUUCAGCAGCAGAACAAGGACUUGACAUCCAGCAGGAGUUAAAGUUCAUUCAUUGUUUAUGUUCUAAUUAAAGCUUCAUUGUUAUUAAGAGCCAGGAGGUCAGGUUGGGAGGUUUAUUACGUUUUUGUAUGAAUUUUAUUGUAAAAAAAAUAAAAGCUACCGUCACUCA